CAAAGCCCUCUACUCUAUAGACUUCUUGCACUCCGACCAAAAACGUUGCGAAUAGCACUUCUAAAUAACAAUUUUAAUACCGUGUUAAAAUUAUCAAUAUCAUACGGAUAUAAUGGAGUCUAGUAAAUGGUCAGGUCGAUGGCGGCUGAUGUUUGUCAUAUUCCUCGCGUUCAGCACCGUCGUCGGAAUCUCAUUCGCGAUGGGCACCAUCUUUCUCGACAUUGAGGCUCACUUCCAGCAGGGACGCACCGCUAUUUCCGGUCUAAUAGCUGGCCUUAUGGGCUUCGUCACCUCACUAGGAAUAGUAAGCGGCGCCGUAAUUCGUCGAACAGGAUUGUUCCGAUCUUCUGUUAUCGCCGCCAUUUUGAUUCCAAUAGGCGUAACGUGCAGCUUUUUCGCCAAACGUCUUGAGCACCUGUACGUCAGCCUCGUUUUGGUUGGAGGUUUGGGUAUUAGUUUAUUAUACGUCGUUUGCAUCACGACCAUUAGUCAAGCGUUUACAGGACGACAACGUCACGUCUGCCUUAGCAUUCUUGGCACAGGAACCGGACUUGCCGGUGUAUUCUAUCCCUUUCUUUUACCCAGUCUUGUGGAGGCUUUCGGGCUCAUGGGAACAUUUCUUGUGCUAGGUGGUGUCUUUCUUAAUGUUUGGACUAUACCCGUUCUCAUUUAUUGGAACCAGCCUAGAAAAAUGACGUCAGAAAUCCCAGACACUACUUGUGACAAUGACAAUGCAAGAUGCGGCCCGAAAGCGGUGAAUACUAUUUAUGCAUCAGGGGCUCUAUAUUGGCAACAGAUAGUAAAUGCUGCUCGGAAAGUAGUUCUCGAAAUGCGAGAAGUGUUGUUCCUAGAAAAUGUGCUCAAUAUGGUAGGAACGGGAUUACUAUUGGCUGUCAAUAACGCUUACCUGACGUUACAGCUUGACAUAGCUAUCUGGCGCGGGUUAUCACGUGAGGUCGGACUGAACGCUUUCGUUGUUGUGAACAGCGUAAACGUAAUAGCCGGUUUAGUUCCAGGCCUACUGAAGCAGAUUCCGGGACUCAGCUACUCAUGUUUGCUUAUUGUCGUUGCGGUGUUUGGUCUGGCCGGAAGCCUUCUAAUUCUACUCUCUUUCGGCGCGCCUCUGUAUUUCUUAGCGUCCACCCUCAUUGGUGUCUCCCUCGGUGGCGUCUUGACGUCGUCCCUGAUUGGACUAAAGAUUGUCCGACAGGAGCUGAUCUCGGUGGCGUCAGGGACGCUCAUUACCAUGAAUGGAUUGAUGACGGCCGUGUUGGGGCCUCUUUUGGGAUACUUUCGUGACAUCAGCAGUGACUACAACCUCAUGCUUUACAUCGCCAUUACGAUUGACGUACUGGUUGUGAUUCUUUAUGUCACAGCAUUCCUUGCGAGAAGGCCACGUGGCUAUGACGUCACAAUGGAUAAAAGACGAGACACCCCAAAGGCUGAACUUAUUUCAUUCCAUGAUAAUAAAGAGAUGCCUCGGUACAGCCUUCAUCAGUGAUUAUUAACAUAAAUUUAAAACUCAUGGCAGCAACACCAGGAAAGUUGUAAACAGAACCGUUGAUCGACCCUGACCUACUGACAGCAAAAUAACUGUUAUCCUAAUCCUAAUGCUGUAUACUCGUCCAGCUCGUUAUUAAGAACUUGAAUUGUUUUUGAAUGAUUUUUGUAUUCAAUAUUUUUUGAUCGUGAUACUAAUACCAAAUCAAAGGUAUUCGAGAACCAGGAACAAACUGUAUACAUGAUACUUACAGUGUUACGAAAGAUAAUUUUUCAGGUCAUGCUUAUAUUGAAUAAGUAGAAUUUAAUGUCUUAACUCGAAAAGUGCACAAAAUUUCUUCAUUAAUCCUGGUGUUCCAAUGCCCUUAUAGUUUGAUUCACAAUAAAUAUUGCACCUUUUUAAGUUCAACAACAUUUGCAAAAUAAAUGCAACAAAAGCGUUAAUGUUAUCCUCAAAGACACAUUUUAUUCAAUCAAAAUUUUUAGAACUGUUCUAGUACUG